CGAGGUGGUUUUUUUUCUCUCUUUGGUGGUAAUGAUUACGACCAAGCCAAAAAACGUCUUAAUAUUAGAGAAUAUAAAGUAUUCUUAAAAAAAAGAGAUUUUCAAAAUUAUGAUACUAAAUUCUUUGGUGCCUUAUUGCCUUUGCUAAAUGAUAAAAGAAAAGAAGCCAAUGUGCCAAAAGGACAAAUACCCGUUCCUAAUGCUCUAAAAGGGAUAAUCAAGCAAGAAUAUUUUACGAUGUUUACUCCUGCUAAAAAAGAACCCUCAACGGAAAAAAGCGAGGCCGAAUGGACGAGCCAAUACCAAUGGGAGCCGUGA